UAGGAAAGACCAGUGCCACAGAUGUGUGAGGUGUCCCACACUCUCUGUGGUGUGUUUAGGGAGUGAUUUGAACGCUACUAUUUUAGAAAGCCACCUCCGCCCUAAAGGAUUGCCAAGCGUGCGUUUUUUAAUCCAGCCAAAGCUUCGUCUUCCUUCCCCGAAGCUAAGUGGCGUUGUCCUUACUGCUUGUCUCAAAACAAAGACUUUCGCCGUUUGCACGUGUGGGCUUUUUUCUCCAGUUUGUCCUAAAUUGAAAUUUGAAGUCAUCCAGCGGGUGUGAAUCGAUCCCGCUGAGGCUAAUGAAAACAUCCUUUCUGACAGUUGGACAGCUGGUAAUCGCUUCUUCCCAGUGCAUGAAGGAGGGAAUGUAGUCUACUUUUCUUUCACCACCUGGCAUACUGCUCCAAUUUAAACCGGACGCUUGAGAGAUGCUAUACUCCAGGUGAUCCCACUGCCGUUCCUUCCUUCCUUCCUCCCUCGACUCCAUCCGAGAUCCGCUGGGACACGUCGGGGUCAAAUCCAGCACCUCCCACAUCCCCUUGGCCGGCGAGGAAGACCAGGCCUGCUACGCUGGUGAGGAGGAGGAGGAGGAGGAAGAGGCGAACAGAGGAGUGGAGGUCAGGGGUCAAAGGCCGUUGUCAUGGACGCGGUUGAGGCCAUGUCGUCGAUGGAGUCCAAAGCCGAGCGGAUCGCCCGCUACAAGGCGGAGCGGCGGCGAGAGCUGGCCGAGCGUUACGCUAACAUGGAGGACCUCAGCAGCAAGUACACGCGCCGACCCAAGGACACAGCGCCAGAAGCUGGGGACACCGGGAGCAAAGGGAACUCUGGGACAGACGAGACCUCCGGGGGGCGGGACUCGCCGCUGUCACGCAGCGGCCUGAAGGGGAGGCGGCCGGAGAAGGAGAGCGACCCGGAGCCAGAGGCCGAGGACGACGCCAAGACGGCCCCCACCGCCAAGACGGCCCCCACCGCCAAGACGGCCCCCGCCGCCAAGACCACCGCCGCCCCCAGUGCAGCGGGAGACGGGGCUCCGGGGAACGCCGCGCGCCGCAACCGGUUGGAAGCGGAGGAAGCCCGGAAGCCAAAGGCUGACCAGAAAACAGACAACGCUGCCAAGACAAGCAUUGCUGCCAAGAUGUCUCUGUUUAAAGAGCUGGAGAAGUCGUCCGUCCACGACGUCUCUGCGGGCGACGGCACCAGGAAGGGCGGCGGGGGUUACCGCGGCAACGCAAAGGGGCACGACUCUCGGCCAAUCAGAGGCCAGGAGUCCGAGGCAACGUCCAGUCCUUCUCAGGGUUCCUCAAACGAGGAUGAGGAGAACCGUGAGGAGAAACUGAGGAAGAGCACGACGCGCCAAACUAGUCAAUCAGAAGCCGAGGAGGACUCCAAGAAAGGAACGAAAGGCCACCUCUCCCGACCAAUCGGCAGCAGAGACAAGGAGGAAGAGGAGAAGGAGCAGCAGGCCACUCCGGCCUACUUCACCUCCUCCACGGUCCUCCUGGGCCCGAACCAGGACCCCAAGCCCAGCGAGAGGUUCCGCUCCCUGGGCAGCAGCAGCAGCGAGGAGGACCCCCGGCCCCGGACCUCCUCCACCGCCUCCUCCGCGUCCACGGACCGCGAGGGGGACUUCCGCUCGUCGGCGUCCAGCCUGCAGCGGCAGGACUCCGGGCAGCGGAGCAUCAGGGGCAUCCUGAAGAAGAGCCGGUCCACCAGCGUGGACACUGACCCCGGGGGGGUCAUCGAGGAGCGCAACGGCACCCACGACGCCUCCGGAAAGGAGGAGGAGGAGGAGGAGGAGGAGGAGGGGAUGGAGGAGGAGGAGAGGAAGAACGGAGUGAAGGAGGAGGAGGCGGAGGAGGAUGAGAUAGACGCGAGGGAUGAGAGGAGGAGAGAGGAGGGAGAGAGGAUGGAAGACAGGAUUGAGACGGAGGAGAGGAGGAAGAGAGGACUGCAGCGCGGAGAGUCCAGCCAGGCAGAUGAUGAAGAGGAGGAGGAUGAAGAGGAUGACAGCAGAGGAGUGCAGAUAGAGGAAGAGGAGGAAGAAGAAGAAGAAGAGGAGGAAGAAGAGGAGGAGGAGGAGGAGGAAGAGAGGGAGGACCGGAGGAGAAGAAUGCAGAGAGAGAGGAGCUGCUCCAGCGAUGUGGCGGGGAGUCCGUCGCCCCCGGGCUCUCUGGAGAAGACCUCGUCCCUGUCCCUGUCCGAGGAGGGAGACGAGCACGACAGCCUGGAGGGGAGCACGGGCUCCUCACUCAAAGAACGGCUGUCGGAGUUGACCGGUGGGGAGGAGGACUCGAGGUCUCGGCUGAAGAAGAGCAAGGCCACUGAUUUGGUCCAGACGCCUCUGGCCGACCGAUUCAACCAGCUGCACGACGCUGAGAAUGCCUGGAGGAAGAAGAAGUCUGCGGUGGAUUUGGAGCCCAAGAUGUCUCUGGCCGACAGGAUGAAGAUCCUACAGGAGAAGGAGGAGCAGUGGAAGAGCAGGGGCAAGGGGGCCGCCAACGACUCCGUACAGUUCUCAGUCGCUGGCCGCAUGGCAAAGAAAGGCCUUGUGUCUCCCAUAUCGCCCAAAGAUGAUCCUCCGGUCCUCAAGAAACACACCUCAGGAACUCCUGUCAAGCCAUUGGAAGAAAUCGCCAGUCGUCCUGAUGUGGCGAUGGAGGGGGAUAAACGGCUAGACAAGCUGGAAUCCUUCCUGGACAGACUGCAUAGUAAAGGCGUGGGCAAGGGAAGGUCCUCCACCAUCGAGGUGACGGAGGAGAAGGAGAAGGAGGUCAUGACGCUGGACGACGACGAGAUGUUCAGACGCUUCUACAAGCCCGUGUCGCCGAGCUCCACCGUCACCAUAGUUACCGAGGACUUCAGUGUCAUCAACACAGACUCACCCAAAUUGGCAUCGGCCGUGGCGAAGCACAAGCGCGCGGUGCGUCCGUCUCGGAACAAGACAUCGUCGCGGAACCCCCUGCGAGCGCUGGCGGCGCGCGACGACCUGCGGCAGACGUACACCGAGCAGCGGCUCAACAUCGCUACCGUGGAGACCAAGAGGAUCCAGAUGGAGCGCAUGGCUAAGCAUUCUAACCUGGCGGACGUUGCCUUGGCGGGUCUUGCCAGUAAGGAGAACUUCCGGAAGGUUAAUCUGCGCAGUGUCAAGUCCACAGAGGUGGUGACCAACAACAGCACACUGCCCUUCAACAAGCUCAUGCUCAUCCACAUCAAAGGUCGGAGGCAUGUGCAGGUGCGUCUGGUGGAGUCCACGGCUCGUUCUCUGAACAGCGGGGAUUGCUUCCUGCUCAUCACCCCCAAACACUGCUUCCUGUGGAUCGGGGAGUUCGCCAACGUCAUCGAGAAGGCCAAGGGCUCAGAGAUGGCCCAGUAUGUGCAGGCUAAGCGUGAUCUGGGCUGCAAGGCACCUCAGGUCACUGUGCUGGAGGAGGGCAUCAACACGGACAGCCGCACCUCCAAAGAGUUCUGGAACCUUCUCGGAGGAAAGUGCGAGUACAGAGGAGCGGGCGAGCCAGAUGAAGAUGAGCUGUAUGAGAGCGGGGUGCUGGAGGCGACCGGUGUGUAUCGUCUGGCCGAGGGGAAGUUGGUGCCACACGAGGAGGCCUGGGCCUCUAUACCCAGUGUGACCAUGCUCAACUCUAAAGAGGUGCUGGUGUAUGACUUUGGCAGCGAGCUGUACGUGUGGCACGGGAAGGACGUGCCCCUGGGCGACCGGAAGGUGGCGGUGCAGCUGGCCAAGCAGCUCUACGGCGCCCCCUACGACUACUCCAGCUGCAGCUACAACCCCCUCGACCCCUCGCAAGCCAAUCCCGACAUGCCGCUGCAGGGCGAGGGCAGACCCAGCUGGUGCCUGCUGGGCCGUCUGUCGGAGCAUAACGAGACGGCUCUGUUCCGGGAGAAGUUUCUGGACUGGUCCGAGAGGAAAGCGCUCGAGACGCCCGUGGAGGAGGUCAAGGCAAAGACCCCUGUGCACCUCACUCUGAGUUCGGACUUGGACUUGCGCCCCUGCGACGUGGCGCCCCUGCUGCAGGGCGGGGGUAACCCCGUGCGGACGCUGCUGGAGGGCGUGGACGUGCAUCGGGGCCACGGGCUGGUGCGCAGCGAGGACGGACGCCAGGCGGAGCUGGCCACCGUGGGCGUGGACGCCUGGCACAUCCGCGAGUUCGACGACUUCGAGAUCCCGCAGGAGAGCGUGGGCCAGCUGCACGAGGGAGACACCUACGUCAUACGAUGGAAGUACACCAUCACCAACGUGGUGGGGAAGCGCCAGAAGCCGGGCGAGCUGAGCGGUGGUCCGGGGAGAGAGCGCUCGGCCUGCUUCUUCUGGCAGGGACGCGAGUCCAGCGUCAGCGGCCGCGGCACCUCCGCACUCAUGACCGUGGAGCUGGGCAACCACCGGGGGGCGCAGGUUCUGGUGGCUCAGGGAAAGGAGCCUCCCUGUUUCCUUCAGUUGUUCCAGGGAGGUCUCACUAUUCACGGCGGCUGCAGAGAGGACAGUGGCAGCAAUACCGGUGAGUGGCGCCUGUUCUGCGUGCGUGGCGAGGUGCCCGUGGAGGCGUCUCUGGUGGAGGUGGCGUGCUGCUGUGCCAGCCUGCGCUCGCGCGCCACCCUGGUGCUGCUGGGCACCCACGCCAGCCUGCUCUACCUGUGGCACGGCUGCAAGAGCCACCCCACCGCCCGCGAGGUGGCCAAGAGGGCCGUGGAGCGCCUCACACAAACGUGUUCCCCAGAGUUUGGUCUCGACAGCAGCAGCAGUGUCAAAGUCCAGGAAGUGGAGGAGGGGGCGGAGACAAAAGACUUCUGGAAGGCUAUUGGCCAACAGGACAGGAAGGCCUACGACUGCAUGCUUCAAGACCCUGGCAAGUAUAACUUCACGCCGCGGCUCUUCCGUCUCAGUGCGAGUGGUGGAACCUUCCAGGGGGAGGAGCAGUUGAGCCCUGCCCGUGUCACAGGCGCUGUCAUGGCGAUGCCCUUCCUGCAGGACAACCUCUACUCUGUCCCACAGCCAGCUCUGUUCCUGCUGGAUAACCGGCUGGAGGUGUACCUGUGGCAGGGCCCGCAGCUGGACGACGAGGAGUGCACCGGCUCCGCCAAGAUCCGCUGGGACGCCGAGCGCAAGUGCGCCAUGGAGACCACGCUGCGCUACUGCAAAGAAAAGAACUCCAAGCGACCCCCCCAGGCCUAUCUGAUUUUGGCUGGUGCCGAGCCGCGCACGUUUACAAACAUCUUCCCUUACUGGGAGCGAGACCCUAGCAUCAAAGUGCAGGACGAAGGUGUGCGUAACAAGGUGAUCCUGGUGCAGGACGCUCUGUCUCGUCUCUCCAAGAGGCAGUACUCGAUAGAGGAGCUCACCUCCAAACCCCUGCCCGAGGGAGUCGACCCCCUACACCUGGAGAUAUACCUGUCCGACAAGGACUUCAAGACGCUGUUGGAGGUCACGCGAGAAGAGUUUAACGCUCUUCCUAACUGGAAGCAGCUGAAGCUGAAGAAAAGCAAAGACCUCUUUUAAAACACAGAACUUUUAACUUUUAAAAACACACUAUAUUCGUCUGAAAGAGGGAGAGAGGCAGAGACAGAGCGCACAUCUCUCUUCCAAUUUUAAAUUGCUGUUUGUCUCACCAAAAGGAUACUCUUUUUGAUGUUGUUGUUUUUGUUUUUUUGUUUUUUUCAUGUGAAACACAACUGUACAGUUUAACUUUCUUUUCUAAACCUUCAAUUAACCUGUUUACUAUCCAGUUACAACCUGUAAUUCCGCAACAUUCCUUUUAUAGCUGUUAAAUUUAGCUUCAUCCUCCUGUAGCUUUAUAGUCACCUAAGAGAUCGCCCCUCUAUACCCAACAACGACAGACCACAUGCCUGUCCUCUAUCUAACCAUGUAUUGAACUAUAAAUAUGUAUUAUAAAUGUAUAAUUUUCUUUUAAGUCAUUUUUACUCUGCCAUCAUCAAACUGUGAGAGAAUGUGGAAUGUUGCACGCUUCGUCACUGCCAGUGGAGGCUUAUUGUGGGGACUGCAUGUCGACCUUUGACCUUUGACCUUUGUCUCUUGAGAAGUCACCUGUCGUGCCAGUGAAGAUGCCCGCGCUCGCAGCCCCACGCCGCCGUGUUCAGUGGUCAGCGACAUGUUUGGACGAACCCUGCUGGACACAGAUGAACUGAAAUGCCUUGCCUAUGCCACAGAUGUAUGCACAAACAUUUAAAAGUACUGUCAAGUCAGGGGGGAAAGUGAGCAUUCUUCUUUGUAAGGGUUUUUUAAUCCAAAGGGGCCCUCAUUUAAAUGCUCGGCAAAAGUGCAAAAUCAAGUCUACUGUAUGAGCAAAGUUCUCACGCAUGAACUAACAAUAUUAAAUGGUGUGAGACAGCUGCUUUUAACUGACCCACUGCUGUUUCUCAUGGCAAAUGUCCCAAUUCUCCCCACUUAAAUCUUCCACUUAGUUUUGACUGCCCUCGACAGUAAAGUAAAGACGAGGGAAGUAGGGGGUGAAGAUCUUUCCCUAUGAAAUGGGACAUCACUUUUGCCGUUAUUAAGCGAGUGUUAGAUAAGACUUUAGACGUUGGACUUUGCCCAGCAUUUAAAUGAAGGUUCCGUGUUUUUUUUUAGAAAAAAACGUGGGUCACAUCAGUCACUUUCGCAUACAGCGUCUUGUUCAUUAACAGCAUGGAGAGUCGACGAGAGAGCUCGACAGUCACUCCUCGGCUUCCUGUACAUCUCUUUUCCCCUGACGAAAUAAAUAAUGCUGUUCGUACACUCAAAAACGCUUUUCUAUUCAGUUCU